AUGAAUAACUAUUUUCUCAUUAUAUUAUUAUAUACAAUUUGGAUCAACAGAAGAACAAAUGGGACUCAGUUAAUGAAUAAGCGAUGUAAUGAAGAUAUAUCAAGUUCCAAUUAUACAAUUCCAUCUACAAUAAAAUGCUCCUUUUGUAAGAUGAUAGUUAAUACAGCUAGAAAAAUUAUGAUGAAACUUUCAACAAUUGAAAUGAUUCAUUCCAUUAUUUCUGGAAUGUGUUCUGUCAUUGAAGAAUAUACAUUGGAGUGUUAUGAUGUGGCUUCACAAAUAGUUGAUUCCUAUCUUAUAGUAUUCAAUAGAACUCAAGCAUUGGAUACUUGUAUGCAAAUCAGUUUCUGUAGAUGA